AUGGUGUUGAGAUUGAUCUCUGUUCAGGAAGGAAAAGGUAAAGUGAAAAUGGAGGAUGAGUGUAUAGAGAAUAAGCAAUCAACAGCUGCUUCUUGCUCUUCUCUAUCUGAUGGCAGUGCCAAUAGUUUCCUCAAGUCGCCUGUUGUUGCAAGUCCCGCCACAGCGUCACCAACUCAUAGGAGGACGAGUGGCCCUAUAAGGCGAGCGAAAGGCGGGUGGACUCCGGAAGAGGAUGAGACAUUGAGACAAGCAGUUGAUAUGUACAAUGGCAAGUGCUGGAAGAAAAUAGGAGCUAUGUUGAUGUCAGUUUUACAACAUAUUCAAGAGGUUUGUGGUUGGAAUAUCGGAGUUGGAGUAUUGUAUGAAACUGAGUUUUUCCCUGAUAGAACUGAAGUUCAAUGCCUGCACCGGUGGCAGAAAGUCUUGAAUCCGGACCUUAUUAAGGGACCUUGGACGCAAGAGGAGGAUGAGACAAUCGUUGAACUUGUCGAAAAAUAUGGGCCUGCGAAAUGGUCUGUCAUCGCAAAGUCUUUACCGGGUCGAAUUGGGAAACAAUGUCGAGAAAGGUGGCACAACCAUUUGAAUCCUGGUAUCAACAAGGAUGCUUGGACCACAGAGGAAGAAUUAGCUCUCAUGAACGCUCAUGUAAUCCACGGAAACAAAUGGGCUGAAAUCGCCAAGGUCUUACCCGGCAGAACCGACAAUUCGAUAAAGAACCACUGGAACAGUUCAUUGAAGAGGAAGUCAGAGUUCUACUUAGCUACUGGUGGCUUACCACCAGCAGCAGCAAAGAACGGUGCUCCUGAUAGUGCAACUAAACGUUCACCGUCUUGUCAGAAAAGAAGUUCUGAUACAGUCGCUCAAAACACUCCGGGAACUACACAGAUAAAGAAAUCCGAUGAAGAAGACAGAAAAGGCCAGCUAAACUCUUCUGUUCCGCUCGAAGAAGAAGAAGCUGCUCCGCAUAUGGCCGGUUUUAGUGAGUAUGCUCGUUCACCUCACCUGCCUAACCCGGAGCCAUUGCCAGAGAAUGGUGGAGUUACGAAUAAUGGUCAUCAUCUUUACUACAAGCCUCAAAUAGAGUAUUACGUGGCGCCAGAAGCUGAUAAGCAGCGUAUGUAUGGGUACGAAUGUGGUUGCAGUCCAAUGGCAUCAUCACCUGUUAGCUUCUUCACUCCACCGCCUUGUAGAAGAGAGUACAGCAACGGUCUAGCUCCAAGAAGUCCAGAGUCUUUCCUGAGAGAAGCGGCUAGAACUUUCCCAAACACACCUUCGAUUUUCAGGAAAAGACGACGCAAGGUUGCUGUUGUUUCGGAUAACAACGACGAUGCCGUGAGAACAGGUGAAGCUAAAGAGGUUGAUCAAAAGGUGAACGAUGACGGUGGCUCAGAGAGCCCUGAUUGUGGUGAAGAGAAGCAAAGCAAUGGAUCAAAUGCUUACAACUUGUCUCCUCCAUACCGGAUAAGAUCCAAAAGAACAGCAGUUUUCAAAUCAAGACAGCUUGAGUUUAUAUCUGCAGAGGAAGAGAAGGCUGAUGAUGAAACCAAAGCAUUUGAGAAAGAUAAGUUGCUUGAUGGAGAUUCUCAACUCCCAAACUGA